AUGCCACCAGAACUUGUGAGAAAAAGUAAAUUGAAAGCUGAUAUAUUAAACAGACUGAAACUGGUAACUCUAGAAUCUAAAAGUGAUAAAUCGUUAAUCAUUAACAGAUUAGCAGAUAUUUUGAUUGAUAAAAUCAACCGUAUCGGCCGGAAACGAUGGGAUAUCGAUAUUUCUAAGAAUACCAAUUAUGAAACACAUUUUAAUAGUUUAAAGAUAAAAAGACCUAAGCUGUCACGUGAUAAAGAGCUAGAAGAUUUUGUAUUAAAAUACACUACUGUUAUAUUACAAAACUCUGAUAUAAAUAUGCCUGAGUUAGUUGUCAAAGAUAUAGAAGAUGAAUUAAUGGAUAUUCUUGUGGCAUAUUUCAAAACAGAAAAUAUCGAUUAUGAUAUUGUGGAAAGCGAUAUUGUGUGCAUGCUGUAUGAUUAUGGUAUAUUAGAAGAACAAGCUCAUAGCUUUGCACAGAUUUUUUUGGAAAAAUUAAAGGAUAUACUUGUGAAUAAUACAAAAUCUCACACAGUUAGAUCGAAGACACUUAUUAUUCUUCCAAAUGUAUGUUGUUAUGGUAUCAAUAAAGAACCAAACACAGUAAAAAGUAUUACAGACGAAGAUAUAGCUGUUAAUUUAAAACAAUAUACAAAUGAGUUAUGCCAACAAAUAAAUGAAUGGUUAAAUGAUAUGCGAAUACAAAUACCCGAAUCGCUCGAUAAAGAUUUAAAACAUAAAGCUAUAAAUAAUCUAGCUAAUGACAUAGUUGAAAGACAUAAAUAUUUGGAGUUAAAUCCGUGUAACGAAAUAAACGAAGAAGCCGAAAUUGAACAUUUAAAAUACCAGAUUUUUAAAUGGAUCAAAAAGCUUUUAGCUGGAGAUAAUUUAGAACCAGUGCAGCGUGCGUCUGACUUAAAUAAUCGGAUCAAACGUAUACCUAUUCCUGUACUUACUAAAUUACAAGUAAACUGUGGCAAACAUCCUAACAGGAUCAACAAUAUUAACACUACGGCAGUAAAACAUGAUAUUGUUAAUGAAAUAUCCAAAGUUAUGCAUGAUAGUGAAGAAUUAGGAGUUAAAAAACAAACGCAAGAUCGUAACGCUUCUUCUGGUACUGAAAAUGGAGAAUAUGAAAAAACUAAAGGUACUUUUAAAGAUAAUUCACAAAUGAGUAUGCCAUGUACUAGUACUUCCAAAUCAUGUUGUCUCAAUGAAGUAGAAAAUUUAACUAUUUUAAAUGAUUGUAAAGAUAAUGACCAACUUGAGACAGAAUACGAACAGUUUGUUCAGAAUUGGGUACAAAAAAUCCCUAUGACCGUAGCAGAUUUUGAAGACGAGAGUAUACUUGAGAAAGCGCGAAUGGGAAUAUACAAUGGCUUAUGGAAAGUAGUAUCAAAACUGAAUUGCGAUCCAGCUACGUACUUUAACCGUUUCUUGUACGAAGACCUUCUUGAUGAUGCUAUCGAUGAUUUAAAAAAAGGUAUCGCUGGUAGUCAAAGUCAUAACUCUACAAAAUUACUUGAAGAUUUACAAAUAAUAAAACUGGUUGAAGACUACCUUCUAUUAACGAAGUUUAAAAAUGAAGACAAGAUUAUUUCAGAAAUCUACAAAAAUAAAUUGUUAAAACAAGUUGAUGAUUUUGUAAAAGAUUUAAAAACAAAUCAUGCCAAUGAGUUAAAAGAUAUUGACGUAGCCACUUAUCAAACAGAUUUAAUUGCAAUUUUAGACCAAGUGCCGCUUCCGAGUGAGAAUACCUUAAAUCAAGAAGCAGAUGACGUUCUUCUAAGCAUGGAAGUAGAAGAGUGGUAUCAAGACUUGCCCAUUGUUUCAAACAAUGAUACCGCUGAACGAUACCAGAGAAGAAAACAAAGAGAUAUUUUAGCAAAGAAAAUAAAAGAGGUAAAAAGUAAAAAUGUCAUGGACGGCUCAGAAAAUGCAUUAAGAAAUGAGGUAUCAAGAUUCCUUGAAAAAACUCCUUUGCAGGACGGAGAAAGCUUGAACAUAAACUUUAUGGUAGAUGAAUUAGUAAAUAGAUUAAAAAAUAAAACCAAAAAUAAUCAGAGUGUCAGUACAAAAAAAGUUGACUUUAAGCCUCUUGAUAGGUAUGAACAAAUUAGUAAAGACCUGCCAUUGUAUUCAAGCUUCAUAAGACUUCCAAAGUCAAAUAAUUCACUAAUAUUGCAACAAGAUAUCGUCAAAAAAUCUGCACAGGGAACUCAAUACGAUGAAAAGUAUAGCGAGCGAAAGAUAUUUGAGCAACGCACAAAUGCAACAAAAAUACAAGCAUCAUCUGUCAAAGAUAUUGAGAUACAAAGAAAAAGAAACAACACGGCUGCUCCGAGAGAUGCAAUCAGAUCAACAGUCGUAAGGCACAGUGCAUCUUCUAAUAUUGUAAAUUGUCAGUCGAAAAUUAAUCCAUGCUUCUGUAACCGACACCCACCGGUUAAUGAUGAUGAAAUUUUGAAUAGAAAUGAACCAGUACAGAAUCUUCUUUCCAAUCUCCACCCAGAACAGAAUCUAUUAGACGGAGGAACAUCUCAGACUCACUUACUAGAUAUCAAUGGUACUGAAAAAGAAACAUUUGAAAAUGUAAUUAAUGAAUGGCUAAAAAUCAUACCUGUAAACUACAAUCUAAAUGCAAAAGAUAAAUUAAAACGAGAACAACUAAUCAACACAUUGAUUAAAACAUUGAAGGAUUUAGGACAAAAAUAUGAUUUUCCUGAACUGGCUAAAAACGAAAUAGUAAAAUGUCUGGAUACAUUACCAAUGUGGCAUCCCGAUGAUUCAGAAAAUGACUUCAAAUUAAAAGUUCAAAUUGCUGAUGAUUUAGUUAAAAGAUUAAUUAAUGUAGCUGACGAAAACUUUAAAACGGCUAUCUCUGAAGAAGUUAAAAAAUUACCGUAUGAUUUUAAUAUAGUAAAUGAUAAAUUCAUCAAUAGGACAAUAGACAAGUUCAUUGACAAAUUGACACAAGUUACUUUGAACAGACCUUUAAAAGACGAAGAGUAUAAAGAAAAAUUAAGAUUAGAAGUGAUUAGUUUACUCAAAGAUAUACCUUUACAACGAGACAGUCAAAGAAGUGACCAAUUACUUAAAUUGGCAGAUAAGUUUGUGGAACAUAUAUAUCAGUACAAAAUAUACCACGAUAAAAGUAAACAAACGGUUGCAGAUUUUGAAAGUAAUGAAAUUGAAAAGAAGAUUUAUGAUUGGUUCGAAAAUAUACCAGAGUUAUUGACACAUAAAUAUAAUAAAAACCAGUACUCAGAUUUAGUUAAAGUUUUUGCAAAAAACUUACACAAAUAUAACUCAAAGAAAUCUAAAGAUAUAAAUUUUCAAAGAAAAUUACACGAUGAUGUAAAAGAGUGGUUAGACCGGUUAACUACGAGACUAAACACCAAAUUGACAUCAGAACGGUUUGGCGUACUUAGUAAAGAUCUAAUUGAACAAAUAUUUGGUCAAGCUCACGCUUCAUCAAUAGGGGGUAAUUUACAUGAAGAUCCUGCUGUAAGUAAAAUAUUCCAAUAUAUUACAGAAUGGUAUCGAAACAUUCCUGAACUUACAGAUUAUAAAGAUGACAUGACCGAAAAAAUUAAGGAAUUGACUUUUCAGUUAAAUGGUAUUCAAAAUGAUGAUAAUAAUUUUCAAAAUAUACUAGCCGACAUGAGAGAAACAAUAAUACAUUGGCUAGAAAAUAUAUUAAAUGCAAAAGGAUUGGAAUUAGAUUCUAAAAUUAAAGAUAAUUUAGUCAAUGGUCUCAUUUUAAAAUUAACAGAGGAACCAGUCCGAGAAAAUGACGGAAAUAAAAAUAUAGGACUGUAUAAAGACGUGAUAACUUGGCUUAAACAAGUUCCUUUUACAAAAUCGUAUGAUUUUACAGAACAAAAUAAUUUAGCAGGUGAAUUUGUGGUUCGAUUGAUGGACAUUGAAAAAACAAGUAAUGAAGACACGUUAAAAAAUGACGUUGAGGAAGAAAUAAAAAAAUUAAUAAGCAAGUUAUCAACGAAUGAUGACAAAGAUGUAAGCCCAGAUGAGAUUGAAAAACUUAAAUUGAAAGUAUUCACACAAAUGAAGAUUACUCCUUUGGGCAGAAAACUUUGGAAUAAACGGAACAACAAUUUGAGAAAGACUUUAUAUGAAAAUAUUUCAAAAAUUAUAGACUCGUCUCUUAUGUUGCCUGAAAAACUUAAGCCGUCUUUGAAACAUAAGAUAACUGAUGUUAUUUUAAAAAAUAUAAAAAAUAAUACACUUGAUGCGGAUAAAACUAUAUCACAAAUUUCAAACAUUAUGAAACAAGAUACAUCAUUGACGAAAAACGACAUUGAAAUAUUAGGAAAACAAAUUGUAGAAAAAGUUAACAAUGUACUACUUCGUCAUGAAUCGUUACAUAUAAAUCCCAUCGCAGAGGAACUGACUAAAUUAAAACUGAGUAGUAAAACUAAUAUAUCUCAAGAGAAAAGCUCUGUAGAAACUGACAUGGAUGACAGUAGGAAUCGAUAUGAAAGAUCCUCACAAAGUAGUAAAUUGUACAAUCAAGAUACACCAAGCCUGCACAUAACUUCAAGCAAAUCUAGUCCUUUAAGCCAUGAUAGGAUAUAUGUUAUGGACAAAGAAUUUGAAACUAAAAAUGCCCCCGAAAAAUUAAGAGGUAUUAAACAAAAGACUGUGUGUACAGUUCAAAAUAAUGUAACUCAAACUGAUGAUUUAAAAAAUCAUGGUAGUAACUAUGAAAUCCAAAAUGAAUACAAUAGUAAUUCAAGGAACUAUAGUAAAAACGAAAACUCUAAAAUAGUGGAGAACCGUAGUAAAGAUACUUCUGUAAUAAAUAAUUUAGACAAAGCAGCAAAAUUAUUUGACAAGAAAAUAGAACAACGAAAAUCUCUGAAUAAAUCCCAAAUCACACGUGCAAAUCGUUCAGAACAAGUAGAUGAGAAUAUUCAAACAAAAACAGAUAAAGGAAUUAAUACUUCAUUUUUGGAUGAAGAUUUCUCAACUUCUAUGCCCAUUACAUCUUCUAUAAAAUAUCCAUCAGUUGUAUUAUUAUCUACAACAAAUAAUAGUUUCGUUACUAAAACAAAUAACAUUGAAGUGGAAACAUCAGACCCCUUGCAAUAUUUAAACAAAAUUAAAGAACUUAUAACCAAUUGGUUACAUCAUUUCCCAUUAAACCUAAAUGAACACGACAAAGAUGAAUUGACAAAUAACAUAGCAAGUGAUAUACUUGAUAGACAAAAAUACAUACAAUUAUCUGAUGGAACAACAGAAGAGAAAAAGGAACUGGAACAUCUUAAAUACCAUAUAUUUAAAAGGAUACACAAACUAGAUAAUCAUGAAGUAGUACGAGAUAUAAUAUCUAACGUAGAUUGUUUAAAUCACCGAAUUCUUAGUCUCAAAACGCCUAACUUAAUACAGCCAACGCAGGAACGUAAAGAGGAAAUAAUUGAAAUUAACUUACCAGAUACAGAUAAUAUACAAACAAAUAUUGACGAAUCUAGUAAUAAAAUAGGUGAAUGGUUCGAAAAUUUUUUUCCAAAUUUAAUAGAUAAUUUCGACGAAGAUAAGAUUCAAAUUUUGGCCAGAAAUUUAGAAAACCUUAAAAUAAAUAAUAACUACGAUAGUUCUCAUAUCAAAAAGGAAAUUUUCCAAUGGAUAUCAGGUAUUUUGAAUAAUAUUGAUGUUAAGAAGAUUUGUGAUGUAGCUGAGAGCUUGAAAAAACAUUUAUGUAAUACAAAUAUAACAGACACAUUCAUAUUACGACAAGAUACAAGUGAAUUUCUUACUGAAAAUUUGUGCGGCGUUAUUAUAGAAUGGAUCAGAACAACGCAAUACAGGUAUAAACUGCAGAACGAAAUACAAGAUUACUUCGCAAUGGUACUUGCGAAUGACAUAAAACAUGUAUUCGCUCAAUCAUUAUCUGACAAUGAACUAAAUGAACAUUUAAUUCAAGAAAUAUUGAGAGAUUUGGCAAUGGUCACCGGUGAAUCAAGUGACUCAGCUUUUCAUCACGCAGUUGCGUGCGACCUUUUACAGUUUCUAAAAGAGUUACAGCUAUUUCAUGAUUUAUCGGAUAGGGAAACAAUCAAUGAAUUUAAUGAGAAUAAAGUAGGUAUAAGUAGUAAAUACCUAGAUGACAUAAAAGAAGCUGUAGUUGAAUGGCUUAACAUGUUGCCUCUACAAGAAAGCGUGCCAGUUAGACAAAUAGAAGAUUUAAUUACCAGCCUUGUUGAUAUUAUAAAAGACAAAAUAUUAGAAGACAUUCUAAAUAAUGAAAGUAUAUUAAAACAUCACAUUCUAAGACUGCUUAGCAAAAUUCCUCUCAGAAUUGAUUAUCAAGGUUUAGAAAGUCAAGUAGCGUCUUUGGUAGCAAAACUAAAAGACAUUUUAUGUGAUAAACAACCAGAAACUAACAAAACGACUAGAGAUUUUAAAUCACAAGUUAAUAUAAAUCGAGAGGAAACACCAAGUGCAGUAUAUAAGCAACUUUUACAUAAUACUGUUAGUAAAACACUAUUAGACAAGAUAACAUUUGAAGAACAACGGUCGUUUAAUUUAAUGAAAGAAAAACUUGCUGAUGCUUUUAUUGAUUUACACUAUUCUACAGGAGAUGAAGAUUUCCGAAAUGAAUUUAAGAACAAAUUAUAUAGAGAAAUUAGUAAAUUUUGUGAUGAUUAUUUAAAACGCCGUCCUGUUUCACCCAUCGAUUCUAAUAGACUUCAAGAAGACUUACACAAUUUACUUAAAAAUGUAUCACUUUCAACAACUGGUCCUAAAACAAAUACGAGCAGACAAGAACAAGAAGAAAAUCAACUACAAGAAAGUGAUUUCCUUAGAAAUGAAAGUAUAAGAGAAAACAAAACAACAGCAACAAAAAAUGCAUCGACACAAUCUACACCUCAAAUAUCACCAACUUCUCUGAGCUUGGAAGAUAUCGAACAUCUACAAAAAAUAAGAACGAGAUCAGAAAUUCAGUCAAAACCUGAAAAUGCAACUAAUAACUUAUCUCUAAAAUAUUAUGAAGACGUUGGAAUUCAAACAACUGUAGUAGUAAGUAACAAUAUACACAAAAGUGUACAAACCUCAAACGCAUCUAUGAUCGAAAAUGUUCCUAUUCACAGGGAAAUUUCACCAAAAGUUUUAAUUCGAGAAUAUUAUUGGGAUUCCAGUGGAUCUAACCAAAGUUUUCAGAUUUUAGAACCGUCAAAAGAUUUACCUCCAAAAGAAAUCGCAGCAAAAACUAAGGUUACGACUAAAACACAAACCGAACCAACUUUAAACAAUGAAAAGCAAUAUUUGAAGCAAAUAUCAAAAACGCAAAAAGUACAAGAAUCGAUAGGUAAAGAAAUAUCUUUCGCAAAAGAUACUGAGACGCAAACAGAGGACUUACAACAAAACGCUGCUAAUAAAUCACGUUAUGUACUUCAAUCUAAACAUUUGGAUGAUAUUCCUGAAUCACAGAGUAUCACAUCAGAAGAACAACAAAAUAAAAUAAGUGAUACUAGACUAUCUCUCUCUAAAAGAAGAGAAAGAACAGAAGAAAGUACUGAUAAAAUUUUCGAAAAAGAAACUGCAGACCAUUUAGAAUCUUUUAAUAAAGAUCGGAGAAAAUUCAAAGCACCAAAAGCGACUACCAUGUCAGAAAAUCUGUCUCCAAUAAUAAUAACUGAAAAGCGAAGCGAACGGAGAGUGUAUGCAUCACCAGAAUACAUCACCAAUGAUAAUAGAGGGAGCAAAGUCUGUUCACAUUCCCUUGCCGCAGUAGUGGUAGCGAUGGACGGUGAGGGCAUGGUGGCGGUGGUACGUGGACUCCAGGGUUCAGGACUUGCUGUGACUCUGCUCGACUCUGGAAGACAGUUCACUCUCCUCCCAGAGAAUUAUUCACAUUCAGUUCCGAGAACUAAUGGAGACGGAAGACGUUGCUACGCCACCGUGUCGCAGUGUACAAGUAACGUCGCGCGGCGAGAGAGUGGCGUGCAGGCCACGGACGGACGAUAUACCAGCACCUAUAAGAUGAUGCACUGCCACUACACUCCUACGUCUCCGCCGGAUGAAGUGACGGAAUUCCCGCCACAGAGGCCUGAGAUCUGUCCCGCUUGCAAGAACAGAAACGCAUCACCAAGUCGCAACAUAGAAUCACAUGUGUCCAAUCAGACGUUUUGUGUGGGUGCAGAGUCUUCCAGACAUACCAGCUUAGAGAAGCUGAAAAGCGGAUAUCAACCAGAAGUUGUUAUCAGACCAAAGAGAUGUGAAGAAUCGCCUACGCGUGAAAUAUUCAGACAAAAUUCAGCUGAAGUAGAAGCUAUUGAAUCAUACAGGAGACCAACGUUUUGCAAGACUAACGACGUGAGGUAUCUCAGGGAUGUCUCGAGGAAAGUCAGGGAAAGCAUGCGAAGCUUAUCACCUCCUGUAAUAUUUCUUGAUGUUUAA